AUGCAUGUCCUGGCAGCUUCCAUUCUCAACGCCUUCCUCCUCCUCAGCCUCCUCGCCGGCGCCACGGCCUCCACCGCCGCCGCGCCCGCCCCGGCUGGCGACGGCGAGGUGAACACCACGAUGUUCGGCAAUGCCGCGGCGACGUGGCCGCGCGACGACACGGAGAUAUACAUCUGCUACCUCUGCACGGGGCGCGACCCGCUGCUGAUCAGGUACUGCCCCAUCUACUGGGACGAGUGCCACCUCGUCUGCUACGCCGAUGACGCGUCCGCCGCCGCCGCCGCCGCCGCCACCGCCAUUCCCGCGGCGGCUGCCGCGCCACCGUCUUUGGGGUCGGGCGACGCCAGCAAGGUGGGCGACAAGGAGUGCUACGUCAUGAAGCUGUACCAGAACGGCACCUACACCAUCGUCAACAUCCUGAGCUGCGCCCAGAUCGCGAGGUGCGCCCUCUCCUGUGGCGACGACGACAUCUCCAACCGGAAGGCCCUGUGCGCCUCGACCGCGGCGCCGGUGACGACGGCGGCGAGCCAGGGGAGCUUUCCGCCACCUCGCGUCGCCGAUUUCCAGCGGUGUGGCACGCAGAACCAGAAAUGCGAGAAGUCGUCAUCUUUGCUUACCCAAGGGAGCGUUUCAGGUGCUGCUUUCGCACUUUCUAAGCGGCUGCAGCUGUACUCGUCGGAGACAGAGGAGGCCGACCACCCUUAG